AUGAUUAGAAAAAAGAAGGAUGGGAAAUUAAUUGCUUCUUGGAAGGGAGAAGUUAUUAUAAAAGCUGGUGGUUACUAUAAGAAGGGUUUAAAGCAAGAGUUAUGGAAUGAAUUAUUCGAAGAUCAUUUCAAGUAAUAUAAAUAUGCUAUAAUGAAUAGUUAGCCUCAAAUUUUUUAUACAGGAGAAUACUCGAAAGAUUUUAAAAUAGGAAGAUGGAAAUAUUUUUCCAAAAUAAGAUUAUGCUUUUAAUUUAAUAAUUAUUUAGAGAUGAUGGUAUCUACGAAAAUGAAUGUAGGAAGAUAGGUAAGUGAAUCGAGUUAGAUAAAGUGGUUAACUAGAUUUCCCACAUCAUAUACACAAAGGACUUUAAACACAUUUAAAAUACUUGUAAAUAAACGACACGUAUUGUGAAACUGCUGGAUAACUAUGUUGA